GGCUGCGAUGGACCCUGGAGGCGGUUGGCCUUGGUUUUUGCUUUCACUGCCGCUGCCAACGACUUGUCAUCCGGGUCCUGCGUAAGGUCCGGCUGGGCCGGGCUUGCGCGUGAGGUGGGAUGGACUGGUUGUCGGACCGAGUCCCCUGCAGUUGGCAGGAGUAUGGGGUGGAGUGAUGCACUGCCGGGCGCCGAGCAUCGUUCCACUUGUCGGAGACAUUGCUCCGGACGGCGUUCUGCUCGCGGCUGCGUGCCCGAGCCGGGAGCCCCUUUCCGGGGGUUGGAACGACGCAGCGCGGCCAGCGGGAGAUCCCCAAGGACAGAAUCGAAAGGUCGCAUCUUCUCUGUCAGUGCUGUGUGACAGCAUCGCAACGGCCCCUGCAAAGCCUGAACUAGUAUCUUCUAGCAAAAUCAGGAGGGGCUUCCAGAAGUUGCCUUUGAAGAUGGUUGCAGUGCGUACGCCUGUCAAAGAGGACUGAGCACACCCUGUGGAAAGCUGUCUUGCAUUUCAAGUCCUGAGGGGGUCUCACCUCUCCUGUUGUGGUCCGAUCGUCCAGGGUCAGCUGAAGGGGAACCGUCAGAGCCAGUCAGAGAGGCCGCGGUUCGUAAUGCCUCCUGCCUGGCUCUUUCAGGAUGGAGGGGCAGCCCGUGGCAGAGCCUACUGAAUCGGUGUCUAAAUUCAAACCUUCCACCAGGGUGGAGAGUGCAGCACACUGGCUGGAGGACGAUCAUGCUCGAAUAUGGGACGUUUUAAAGACCGAGGAGAGCUCGAUUCAGGACUGGGGUGAAGAGGUAGAGGAAGGAGCCGUUUACCAUGUCACCCUGAAAAGAGUCCAGAUUCAACAGGCUGCCAAUAAAGGAGCAAGAUGGCUAGGGGUUGAAGGGGACCAGCUCCCUCCGGGACACACAGUCAGUCAGUACGAGACCUGCAAGAUCAGGACCAUCAAAGCUGGCACCUUGCAGAAGCUUGUGGAGAACCUGCUGACAGCUUUUGGGGACAAUGACUUCACCUACAUCAGCAUCUUCCUGUCGACGUACAGAGGCUUUGCCUCCACUAAAGAAGUACUGGGCCUACUGCUGGACAGGUACGGGGACCUGGCGAGCCCCAGCUGGGAAGAAGACAGAGGCCAGAGCUCAUCCGAGUCCAAGACGGUGAUCAGGAAUGCGAUCGCCUCUAUCCUCAGGGCCUGGCUGGACCAAUGCGCAGAGGACUUCCGAGAGCCACCUCACUUCCCUUGCCUACAGAAACUGCUGGAUUAUCUCAAACAGAUGAUGCCAGGCUCUGACCCAGAGAGAAGAGCACAGAAUCUUCUGGAGCAGUUUCAGAAGCAAGAAGCAGAAACUGACAAUGGGUUUCCCAGCACCAUACCCUGCCGCCUGGAAGAGGAAGAGGAACUGGAGACUGGAGGGUCCGUGGAGUUCACGUGCUUCUCCGAAGACCUCGUGGCGGAGCAGCUGACCUACAUGGAUGCACAACUGUUCAAGAAAGUAGUGCCUCACCACUGCCUGGGCUGCAUUUGGUCUCAAAGGGAUAAGAAGGAGAACAAACAUUUGGCUCCCACCAUCCGAGCCACCAUCUCUCAAUUUAAUACCCUCACCAAGUGCGUCGUCAGCACCAUCCUGGGGGGCAAAGAACUCAAGACUCAGCAGAGAGCCAGAAUCAUCGAGAAGUGGAUUAACAUUGCUCACGAAUGCAGAAUCCUGAAGAAUUUCUCCUCCUUGCGGGCCAUCGUGUCCGCGCUGCAGUCCAAUGCCAUCUAUCGGUUAAAGAAGACCUGGGCCGUGGUCCCAAAAGACCGAAUGCUAAUGUUUGAAGAGCUUUCGGAUAUCUUCUCGGACCAUAAUAACCACUUGACCAGCCGGGAGCUACUGAUGAAGGAAGGAACCUCAAAAUUUGCGAACCUGGACAGCAGUGUCAAAGAGAACCAGAAGCGGACUCAGAGGCGGCUUCAGCUGCAGAAGGAUAUGGGCGUGAUGCAGGGCACCGUGCCCUACCUGGGCACCUUCCUGACCGACCUGACCAUGCUCGACACGGCUCUUCAGGACCACAUCGAGGGUGGGCUGAUAAACUUUGAGAAAAGGAGAAGGGAAUUUGAAGUGAUCGCCCAAAUAAAGCUCUUACAAUCUGCCUGCAACAGCUACUGUAUGGCCCCGGAGCCCAAGUUCAUCCAGUGGUUCCAGAGGCAGCAGCUGCUGACAGAGGAGGAGAGCUACGCCCUGUCCUGUGAGAUCGAAGCGGUGCCUGAUGCCAGCGCCACCUCGCCCAAGCCUCGGAAGAGCAUGGUCAAGAGGCUCAGCCUGCUGUUUCUGGGGUCGGACAUUAUCACCAGUAGCACUCCCACCAAGGAGCAGCCCAAGUCCACCGCCAGCGGGAGCUCUGGCGAAAGCAUGGACUCCGUCAGCGUGUCAUCCUGCGAGUCCAACCACUCGGAGGCCGAGGAGAGCUCCAUCACGCCCAUGGACACGCCCGAUGAGCCUCAGAAAAAGCUCUCCGAGUCGUCCUCAUCCUGCUCCUCUAUCCAUUCCAUGGACACCAGCUCCUCAGGGGUGUCGUCCUUCGCCAACCCCCUGUCCUCCCCUCCGCCCUGCAACAACAACCCCAAGGUCCACAAGCGCUCCGUCUCCGUGACUUCCAUCACCUCGACAGCGCCGCCCCCUGUGUACAACCAGCAGCUCGAGGACUCCUGCAUAAUCCGCAUCAGCGUGGAGGACAACAACGGCAACAUGUACAAGAGCAUCAUGUUGACGAGCCAGGACAAAACCCCCGCCGUGAUCCAGAGGGCGAUGCAGAAGCACAACCUGGACUCCGACCCAGCCGAGGAGUACGAGCUGGUGCAGGUCAUCUCGGAGGACAAAGAGCUCGUGAUCCCAGACUCGGCAAACGUCUUUUAUGCCAUGAACAGCCAAGUGAACUUUGACUUCAUUUUACGCAAAAAGAACGCCACGGAAGACCAAGUGAAACUGCGGAGCCGGACCAGCCUGACCUUGCCCAGGACAGCCAAGCGGGGCUGCUGGAGCAACAGACACAGCAAAAUCACCCUGUGAGGGGGACCGACGGCCCCUUGCUCGCCCACGGCGGCAGAGUGGGGUGAGGACGGGCCGUGGGCACUGCAGCCACCGCCCAGUGUUAGAGGGUCCUCAGCAUCUCCAGCAGGCGCUGAUUAAGUACUCGCAGUGCGCAAGGCCUCAUGGGAAGUCGGAGGUGAGUCUGCCCUGAAAAGGAUGAAUGGUUCACUGAUCUCCUCGACCUGAGACUGAAAUGCAAAAUUAUCCACAUUUAUAAAUGUAUAUUACACAUAGUUGGUAGGUAUGUGUACAUAUAAAAUAUACGAGAGACUUGGAUAUUGUGGAUCAUGGAAAAAACAAAUUUGCACAAUGACCCGGGAAGUCGAGGUCACAUCUUACAGGGAGAUAGAAGGAACCAAGAAGCUGGUUUCCUGCCUGCCGAGUAAGCCGACCCAGUCCUGGGAACACAGAGUCCUUCGUGCCAGUAUUAUGCAGACAAAGUCCAAACUGUUUCCAUUAAGGGAGAGGAUGAGUUUCUCAGUCAAGUGCCACCAGAGGGGAACAGCUGCAGCGGUGGGCAGUGCCACGGGCUCCAUGAAAGGCCGCUGUGGGAAGGGCUCGGAUAAGCCCGAGGCUGCCGGCCUCUGCCUGCACCCCAGCCUCCUGCGGCCCCAGGGAGGCAGGGAGGGGCCUCGGAGGCCCCGCCCACGCCCCUGCCCAGCACCCGACACUCCUGGAGUCCACACGGUCCGUUCUGAUCUGUGGCAGCCGCACCGUGUUUCUGUCCCCCCACCCUUGACAGGCAUGUCACGAUCGUCACUGCGCCGAUAGCCAUGUUCUCGGGUAACGCAGCCUCUUCCGAUUGACUUUUGCAUGUAAAACUCCAUGUCUGGAGUCUUUUGCCAUCUGAUUGUAGCAGCUGUAUAUUAUGUGCAAUUUGUUCCUCAGGUGUAGAAAGUCCUACUGCAAUGGACUCUUAUUUGAUCAUUUUGAGCCUGUGAAAGAUUUCUAAGCCGGGACUGCUCCAUUAACAGCCCCUCGGAAGACGCUACCCACUGACCGCAGCGUCCUGUUUUACGUACUAACUUUUGUAGCAUUACUGCGCCGCAUCACGUGGGGGAAUGGGGCUGCAUUUCUAGAGAGGCCUGCUCCCCCAGGAACAUUUUUGGAUUCGGGCCCCCACACUUGGGGACCUGAAAUGGAUCCAGUACCAUUUUUUCAGGUCCCCACACUUGCUAUCACAGUGUUGCUGUUCUGUGACUUUUUCCCUCUAGUGACAGCAUCACCCUCCCCCUUCCAGAUCUGAGCUGUGCUGGGAUUUGAACUAAAAAGCCAUAUGUGGGAAGUUGACAUGUGUAAGAAGCACUUUCAGAAUGUUGCCCUUUUUAAGAAAAAAAGAAUUCUCAAAAUACCAGUUUUUAUUCCAAAAAUAAAGAAUGAAACCACAUAGGAAGUGUAGAUGGUAACACGGAGGGUUUUCUCCCCCGUAAUCCUGUGAGACAGCUCCCGGAGUUUACGUGGGGUUUAUGUGCUACAAACUACAUGGAGCUGCAUGAAAUCUGGGGGAAACGCCAGGGAGGGGUUUGUGGCCAUGGACCAAAGAACGAGCCGGAAGCCUUCACAUUCCCUCUCGGAGAUCCGUCUGUGUGUCGCCAGGACCCACGGGACACAGCAAGUCGAAAAGCACUUUCUUCCGUUGGCGAGUCCUGUCCCGUUCGAGCUUCUGUGUGUGGAGGAGAGGUGGCCGGGGUGCUGGACGUCAUGGACUCUGAAGUAGAUGUAGCCUCGGCCCGAAUUCCAUGGUUUGGAGGUCAGAAAGGAAGCAGGGAACUGCCGGCCUCCUUGAGAGCGUAGCCACGGCGACCGCCUGUGCCCAUGUGCUCACCCUGUGUAUUUAUACUGUACAUGUAGAGUCUAGAUUUAUAUACUGCAAUGUAAAAAUAUAUAUAUUUUCCUUUUUUAAAGACGAUGGACAUUCCAAGUCGAUACAACGUAGCCUCAUUUAUUUAAUGCCACUUUAAAUGUCUCCAUUGUGUCUCCCGGUGGACACCGGGCGCUUUCCGCUGCUCGCAUGCUUGUCUUUCUGCGUCUCCGUCACCUGUUUACUUUCGGGCUACACUAAUAAACUGGUUGGGACUUGGGUGGCACAUGCUGCCGGCCCCAAAGGGACUGUAUCCGGAGUAUUAAUCAGGUGGGCUCUGGGUUCCCGACGUGUCCAUGAGCCCUUCGGACUCCGGCUCGGGCCCAGUUUUUGGGAGCAGAGGGCAAACCAGUGGCAGAGUCGGGGGAGGGACCCUCUCCACAGACGAGUGUUGAAAUCAGACUUGGGAGAAGAAUGACAUCCUCAGGACACUGUAGUCCGAUGCCUUGCUGUCAAGGUGCUCUUGUUAGGAGUCGUGUGGUCACUUUCUAUGACAUUGAACUUAAAGUCAGGAUCCAAGGUGGUGCUUUGCCUACUUUCUGACAGCUUUUCCCCUCGUCUGCACCUGCUACCAGCUGCAUGAGUCUCUCUGGGAGGAGUUCUCUAUGGGAAGGAGGGCUCUGUGGGAGGAGGUCUUCCUGGGGUUUGCUUCACUCACCAGUGGCACAGUAUUGUCACUCAUCAUAUUAUUUCCAGAAUGUUCCCAGAAUUGUUUUGCAGGGGAUUCUGAAAUGACUCCAAAUCACCAAUGUUCUGGGUCUUUGUGAUAUUUUGGAGAGAAACAACUAGGUCUUUUAAGAAUUAAUAAAAUGG